UCAGCGGUAGAACAUGAAUGACAGAAGGCAUCAGUCUCUAUUCUUUGCCAGUCUGCCAGAUCUGCAGAAACUCUGUGCUGCUACAAUAACACUGAGCCCCCAGUUACCAGAAAGUGAGAUGAGGAGCACUCAGAUAAAAGUCUGCAGACAGCUAAUAUUCCUGUAUCAAGACGUCCUUUCUGCACCUGUUAUUGGAACAUUAAAUCAAAUUUCAGUUGUCAUGGCGAUACCAUUCUACAAAUCAGGAUUAUGUGAAGCAUAUGUAGAAAGACAAGGAGCUACUCUGGCAGCACCACAAAAAGUUAAUCCAGCCAUCCUCCAAAACUGUCUCUCCUACACACUUACAGCCAGACUUACACCUAGGUGGAACAAGGCUGGUCAUCUCCUGGUGCAAGGAAGAGAUUUUUUGUCUCAAACAGGAAAGCAGAAUGCAGUUGUUCUAGACAUCAAUGUAUCAGAGAAGCAGCUUUGCAUCAGUGUGGAGGCUUGCUCAGUCCGAUUACCACCCCCUGAGCUGGAAGAUUUUGAUAUUUCGGCCAACGCCAUAAAGCUGUUUGAAAGCAAUGAAAACACAGUUAUUGAUGGUCAUUCCAUAUUAACUAACUGGUGCUAUGUUUUGCCAAGCAUGAAAAUGGGUCAGAUCAUAAACAUCAGCCAUGGAAUUCCUCCAGGAUCUCCUUUCCACUCAUAUGAAGAAUUUCAGAUGCACUGGAAGAAUCUGUAUGGAUAUAUUCUUCCAGAGAAUACUGAAGGGAGAGAAAUAUAUUUGAGUGUUUACUUCAAGCCAAUAGGGGAAAGGUUAUUUACGUACCCUCUGAGAUGCAUUCGGAGUCAGCCAGUGCAGUAUUUCCCUAGAACAGAUUCAGAAAGUGUAUUGAAUUCUUUUAUUUCUGAUGCAAAGGCUAAGUUUUCACACCUGUGUGGAUUUCCAGUAAGGAUGUCAAGCAAAGCACUUUAUGCUACACAGGAACUCUCCCGGACCCCAGUGUGUGAAAUACAGUCUGAGUCUAUGAAAUUGGCUGGAGAGAUGGUUUGUGUAGUAUCCCUGACCCAGACACCUCCAAGGAAACAGGCUUUGGCUAGCAUUUCUUCCUCACGCAGUAAGGAGAACAGCCACUGGAUGGAGCAUUUGAUCAAAGAGCCAAAACCGCACACUUCUUCAAGUAGCAAGGAAAGUGCAGAAGAGAUCAGCGUUGAAGCAACUGAGAAAUUAAUCAGUAAGCAAAUACCUGGAAUAUCGGAACUACCACUUUGGAAGUCCUUAGGAGUGCCUGGAAGCUCCGCCUUUAAACACCCUCCAAAAAAGAUUAGUAAGAUUAUACCAAUUUUCAAAGGAAGGUUAACACAGAUGAAUGGAAACACCACAAAUCAAACUGAUGGGAAGGAAAGAAAAAAUGUUGAAAGACAAUCACUGGUAAAAUGUGUUAAAUCUUCUAUGUUGACUGUUUGCAAGUCCAGCUUAGCUGGGGUUUAUAAGCCUGCUACUCACAGCAACUCGCUUCAGAUAAUUACUGAGAAAGCAUGUAUAAAACAAGACGUAUCUGUAUUUCAGUGGAGAACAGAGUCCAGUGGACAAAUGAUUAAUUCUGACUCUUCCAGUAACUCAGCUGCAGGUUGGAGUUCAUGUGAAGUAAGUCACAAUAAGGCAAACUCUCCUUCACUGCAUAAGAAUGUUAGGUCAGCGCUUCAGAAAUCUGAUAUCAGUCCAAAACUAAAUACAUGUGCAUCUUCCACUUCCAAUUCAAGAGUGGGAAAAAAUUUUGCAAGUCAAUAUGCCAUACAAGUUCUCAGGAAACAAUACCAGUCAAAGAAAGUACAUUUGCAGAAUUGUAAAUUAGAGAAUGAAAUGAGAAAUUCCAGUUUAUUACAGCAACAAACAAAGAAAUCAAAUGAAGGACGAGGGUUAAAUAUUCAUGAAUCCAUCUUAAAUGAUACAGUGUGCAUUGCCAAAAAUGAUGAAAGCAAAGCAUCCUACGGUUCUAAGAACUGUAUUGCUAAGACAACCUGUCUUCCUUCCAACUCUGUCUGUGAACAGAUGUCAGAUAUUUGUUCCCUGUAGACAUGUGAUGAAGCAGUGACCUCAAAUCUGAUUCAUUCAACAAAGGAGAGCAACAGGGAAGCAUCUGUAAAGAAAGGCUCUGCCAGAAAAAGACAGAAAGAAGAAGGCUCCUCAAAAUUAAAGAAAGUCAAAAGAAGUAAGCCUUUUAUUUAGGAUAUGAUGAAGUACUGAAGAGAAUUCUGGGCUUCCAAGAGGCCAUUAACGUACUUGAGGAUCUCUGAGCUUUGUGACCUUUACUCUGUUUAUGUCAUGUCACUGCUACCUGUUCUGGAUGAAAAAUUGAAGGUUAAAUACAUACAGUCAAGUGAAUCCAUAUGUCACCACCUCCCCCAGACAGUUCAGGUUAAUAAUCCUCAAAUGGUUGUGGAAAUUCAGUUAAUUGUUUGGAAUUCUUUAAUCACAUUAUGUCUAUCCAAGCACUUGCUCACACGCCUGAUUGCUGUUCCAAGUUAUUUUGAAGUUUCAAGUUUGUAUUUUUAUGUCAUAAUCAUAUUUAAUGACCCAAUUAUUUGCUAUAUUAUCUGCAUCUCUUUGUUUCAACAGUAAAACAUUCCUAAAUAACUUCUUGUCAAAUAGUUCAAAAAUAACUAAUAAGUAGUUUUUAUUAGUCAGGGAAUGAUCUCAAGGCUGGAUUUGAUUACAUCUUCUUUAGCUCCUGUUAUAUCUUUUAGUGAAUUUCCAUUCCCACAGAUAAAACCACUGGAUAUAAAGGGUUUUUAAAGUCCCGUUCACAAUGCCGCUCUUGAGCAAUUCAUGCAAAAUAUAUGUUGCUGGCAUUUAAGUAAUUUUAUCAAAAUAAAUGUAGUUACAAAUUUACAUAUGAAUUAUUUUGGUUCCAUUGUUGUUGUUUGUAAGUGAAUAUUAUUGUGUUACGUGGAAAUUAAGAGGCAAACACCAAUUUCUAAACUCAAAUGAUAUCAAAUUGUAGUAUAAGGUUUGCUUUGGUAAUACAUUGCCAAAACCUUUUUUUUUUUUUCUAAAGGAAUUGGUACAGUAAGACUUCACAUGCUUUAUGAAAACUUUGGAUAUUGCCAUGGUUGUGUUUUUAUUUGCCUCAUGUUUCAUGUUAGGAUUUUUCUCUCCUGCAAUAACAAGUUUGUUUAUUUCGUAACAUUUCGUUAUUUAUUUGAAAUGGAAAAUGUUAGCAUAGUUCUAAUUUAAUGGUGCCAGCAUUUAAAAGAAAGUGAGCACUUCAGUGAUUUGUAAAUUUAUUGCAUACAAUAUAAAAAAAACUGCAUCACACAAAUAACACGAAAAAGAGCAAUAUACUCAUCAAGAAACCAAACCAUAUUUAUGUCGUUUGAAAACUGGUAUACCAAAGCCACUUUUCAACUGCUGUGGAUUAGUUAUUCUUUCAUAGGUUUGUUUAGAUGUAAUCUAUCUUUUCCUUUCUCACAAUAUGGAAAAGCUUGUGGAAAAGUUGUCUUUCUGCUAUGCUAUGUAAGCUUGUGCUUCAUCUGGUCUGUCUGUCAUAGUAGCUAUUUAAGUGCUGCCUGUUUCCAGCAUUUGCCUGGUAUCUCCUUAUUAACGGAAGUCAUUCUGCAUCACUCUCAUGUUUUAAAAUGUUUGCAUCACUUCGUGUUAUCAAUUAUAAUACUCCAAAGAGAGAAAAUACAAUUAUUGUAUAUUCCAUUUGUUCCACUUCAAAUAAACUACUGAAUAAUUCA